AUGGUUAAUGACGCAGAUGACGUCUGAUUCGACGUUUUCUCUUCAUGUUUUUGUUUUUCUCAGAAAUUUGAACGCAUACAAACUAAACGUUUACCUGCCUGCUGGCAUUGUACCUCCGUCUGCCUCGCUAUUUGUUAUUUUCAACCUUUUAAAAGCCACCGAAAAGCCGAAACUUUCAAGGGUGAAAGAUGGAGUUUGAGGGAAUCUCACAAACACACUGUUCUCAGUGCCCAGCUCAUUCUGCACUGGUGAGUAGUACAGGUCAGGAGAAAUGUGGAAGUGAGACUUGUGGAGUCCAGCAACAGUAAGGCCGGACUGGCGGCAUCCGGGCCCAAAGUGUCCUUGCAGCUUUCCUCUUAUGUUUGCAGGGAUUGUGGAGUCUGCAUGGCCCAUCAUUAUCACGAUGAGGUGGAACGUGAGGACGACGUGGUCUAUGUAACAGGGGAGGACAUGGAGCGGGCAAAAGAUGAAGCGGGGACAGCUGCCGCACAGAUGCCAAAGACAAAGCCCAAGGCCAGGGCUCUGGUAGCACGCAGGCAGCUGAGUGAUGGUGACGAGGCGGACUCUCUCAGGGAGAUCAUUCACGAUCUUAGAGUGACCGCAGCUGUGAAAUGGGCCAACCCCAGAGGAACCUCUUCCCAUCAGGCUACUACCUCUGACAGAACAAGUCAGGCUUACUCAGAUCUUUGCAAGCAGCUGGACGAUCCGAAACUACAGACUGAGAAGGAGAGAAGUAAAAAUACCAAGGAUGUGCAUGCGUGCUCUGAAACCAUGCAGAGCUGCAUUUGGUGGCUGCCGGGAAGCAGAGCCCCACACUGUCCCCUGGGCACCGCGAAGAGGACCAAAUGCCUCCAUACAGCAGGGAUUUUACCACAAGAGCAGAUCCGUGUUAAAGGCUUCAGCGGUACCCCGUUCCGCCUCCCAUAAAGCAAGGAAACCGACACCCCGAAACUGGGGCGCAGACUGCAAAAUGCUUCUGUGUCCUUCCUCCUAUAGUAAUGUUAGUUUUGUUCAUUUAGUAAUAUAUAUGAGUUGUUUCAGCAGCAUAUUAUAUUAGAACGUAAAUAAAAAAAUAUAUAUCAUAACUAAAUAAGAACUUAAAGCCUGCAUAAGUGUUUUAAAAAUGAAAAUCUGAAAAGGUGUGGCAUGCGUUUGUAUUUAAACCCCAUUUACUGUGAUACCCUAAAAUAAAAUCCAGUGCAACCA